AUGAAUAAUAGUGAUGCGGGCAGUACGAUGGAAAAGUUCGUUCAGAUGCCCGUGUAUGUAGGCUUUCUGAUCAAGAUGAUGGCCCAGCUGCUUUCGCAUCCAAUGGAACUGGCUCGGGUGAAUAUCCAAGCGAAUGUGAUUACACACAGUCGGCUUACCGUAAGCCACAUGUUCCGGCUGAUGUCCAGGCACGGGCUGCCUGGUUUCUAUUACGGAAUUGUGGCCUCUGGUUUGCGUUGCGGUGUUCACACGUUGUCCAGUUACACGCUGUUCUAUAACCUGCAAGAUAACAAGUAUGUGCAGAUGCUAAGGCCGUAUAACACAUCUACGGUCCUGGGCAUAACUGGUUUUUGGGGCGGAGUCUUUGCUACACCGUUCGCGAAGCUAGCGGUCAUUAGACAGGCGGAUAUAACACGCGGGCCCUACGAACGGCGCAAUUAUCGGAAUUUUUUUCAAGGACUCAUGUGCAUGUAUAGAAAAGGCGGACUCUUAUAUUUAUUCAACGGUUGGAAGAUCAACGCUUUAGCUAGCACAUCCGUGGCCAUGCUGUACACCCCCGUAAGCGAAAAAGUCUCAAUUGUGACAUCGAAGGUCCACGGAAUCCAUGAACCCUGGCUCAGUGAUCUCAUUACGAUGGCUCUAACAGGUGGCAUUAUCACGGUCAUCAUGACGCCUGUGGAUUCAGUGGCCAUAUUGAUCCUGAAUGAUUCCUCCCACUAUGGUCCCUUUUCCUAUGUAGAUAUGUGCCGAAAAGUUGUACAAAAACAUGGUUACAGAGGAUUUUUUUUCGGAUGGAAGCCUGCUCUAAUGGGCCUUGUACCACACACUCUUUUGGCAACAUUCGUGUAUCGUAUAUUGAUUGAUCACUACACAACAUAA